GAGACAAUGGUGGCGGCUUUGCUGUCGUCCAUAAUCGCCUCAAAAAGGGAUCGCCCAAAGAGCAAGGACAUGUGGGGAGGGGAUGGCCGGCAACUCCCACACCCUCGAGCACAUUCACCGAAGCCCUCGCCCUCGCCCAAGGCAUUGUUCAGGCAAUGGAUGAGCUGAAGAAGCUGGAGGAGAACCUCCCGAGCCCCCCCAACCGUGGCGCCAAGAUUUGCGUCAGAAUUUUCUCCGAUUGCAGGGGCCUCCUGAGCAGCGUCAGGACGUCAAAGUUUGCGGCGAGCUAUCAAUCCGCAGGAAAAGCAAUUGUGGAGAAGUCGGAAGAAUUCCGACAAAACUUUCGGAAUCUCUUCGGCCGGCCGGAUGUUAUCGUGGACUUGGCGGUGCAUUGGGUGCUGGGGCAUGAUAAGAGCCUCAAGUUACACGUGCAAGCUGAUAAGCUUGCGGGGGAAGCCCGAGAGGAGAAGGAGAACGAGAAGGAGGAGGAGAAGGAAAAGAGAGAGAAUAGGGAGAGAGAGAAGGAGAAGAAUGACGAGAACAAUGAUGAGAAGGAGGAGGAGAAUGUGGACGAGAAGGUGGACGAGAAUGUGGACGAGAAGGUCGAGGAAAAAGAGGAGCAGAACUACGAGCAGAACGAGGAGCAGGAGAAUGAGCAGGAGAAGGAGGAGAAGGAGGAUAAAGAGGCGGAGCACGAGAACGAGAAGGAGAAGGAGGAAGAGCAGCAGGUCGAAACCCGUGUCGACGAGGAUGAGAAGAGCAACGGAGAGCAACUCACUUGGCCGAUCCCCUCAUUUCAUUCCCAAACCUUGAGAGAGGAAGCAUGGAGACAAUAUGAACAAGAACCAAGCGAUAGGGAUGCCUAUUUUCCGGACCCAAGGCGUCUCAGACAAGAGCCGUACCACCAUCAAUGGCUGGACCAAGUCCAGCAAAACCCCGACCCCUUCUUUUGGGAUCGGCAACGCGGUUUGGGCCACCAUUUCACGGGGCGUUGGCGCUGGGAGCCCGCGUCUUACCAGUAA